AUGGCGCGUCUCUCGCGGUCGUCCGGUACAUCCCCUUCCUCCACACCCUCCUCAGCCCUGGACUCCAAAACGACGUCGAUUUCCACUGAACAUCACCUCCUAACGCCCGCGACGAGCCAGUCUGAAUCUUCUAGUAUGAAUGAUGCUGCUGCGUUGGAGUUGGAGAAAGCUGGCUUGGAGGUGACUCCGGCAACAGAGCGACGUUCUCGACGCGUCACGCGUUCGUCGCUGAUGAUGGCGGCAGGGGGCGCAGUGAGGGAGGAGAGGGGACUUAUCAUGAGCGAUGACGAUGAAAGAGUUACGCGUCAUCCGUUGCGUUCAAAUCCGCUGGAUCAUCCUGAGGUUGCGGGUGGUGUGGAAGUUGAGAGGGAGGGCCAGGCGGAGAAUGUCGCGAAGGAGGAGGAGCACUUGGGCAAUGAUGAGCUCGGAAAAAAUACCUUGGAAAUCAAGAAAAAAGAUGGCAGUGAGGAUAGGGCGCGGAGACGUUCGUCGCGUUUGGUCAUGUUGGAGAAAACGAGUGAGAUGGUUGGGAGGGCUUCGACGGUGCUUGGGAAGAGAUCACGGGAGGCUAUGUUAAAGGGUAAAGAUAGAUUGAAGGUCAUUAACAGACGGGCCAGUUUACGGCCGAGAAAUGUCGUUUGUGAGACCUCUACUCCUUCAACUACACCUACAUCUACGGCGGAUGGCCCGGUUUUGAAAAAGCGACGGGUUUCCGAGGGUGACGCAGUAGCUUCGAAGAAGUCGUCAGACAGUACUACUGUUGGUGAUAAUGAUACGCAGCCACCCAAACCUAAAACUGUCCCAUAUAAGAGAAAGAAGUGGCUUUCACAUGGACUAUAUGCGGGGCAGGAUCGAUACUUUGACCCCAGGCUUACAGAAGAGAAGAACAGAAUUAAAUUCGCAAAGAAGAAUGCAGAGGAGCGAAAGAAAGUCUUCCCCUUGCCCAUGUUUGCAGGAGAGAGGUUGAUUGAGGAUGGGAGAGAUUUCAAAUUGCCCUUUGAUAUAUUCUCGCCGCUUCCCCCUGGCCAGCCGAAACCAGAUGAGUGGCGGAAGACUAAUAAGAAUGUAUUCGUCGGCGAUGCAGCUUGUAUAUGGAAAGCAAUAAAGCUUGGCGAAUGCUCUACAUGCAUGUGCACCCCUGAGUCAGGCUGUGAUGAGAACUGCCAAAAUCGGUACAUGUUUUAUGAAUGUGAUGACAACAACUGCAAGCUAGGUGCUGAACUAUGUGGCAAUCGAAAUUUCGAAGGUCUGCGCCAGCGCAGUAAGUUGGGUGGCAAAUAUAACAUCGGCGUUGAGGUGAUUAAAACAGCGGACCGUGGAUAUGGAGUACGCAGCAAUCGGACUUUUGCGCCUAACCAGAUAAUUGUGGAGUAUACGGGGGAGAUUGUCACGCAAGAGGAGUGUGAGAGGAGGAUGAGGACGGUGUAUAAAAAUAAUGAGUGCUAUUAUCUUAUGUACUUUGAUCGGAAUAUGAUUAUCGAUGCCACCCGAGGCUCCAUUGCCCGCUUCGUUAAUCAUUCCUGCGAACCGAACUGUAAGAUGGAGAAGUGGACAGUUGCCGGAAAGCCGCGUAUGGCUCUCUUCGCUGGCGAACAUGGGAUUAUGACAGGGGAAGAGCUGACCUACGAUUAUAACUUUGAUCCCUAUUCUCAAAAGAACGUACAAGAAUGCCGUUGUGGAGCGCCGACAUGCCGUGGCGUGCUCGGUCCCAAACCAAAAGAUUCUAAGAAACAGGAAAAUUCGAACCUGUCCAAAAACCCAAAGAAGAUGUCCGCUUCAAAAACGGUGGCAGGCAAGAAGCGGAAACAGGAGAAAGUCCUAGACGAAUCCUCUACGUCCCGCCUGAACAAAAGGAGAAAGGUUCUCAAGCCAGUAUCAAAAUCACUCAAGGCGGGCAUUAAAAAGGCUGCAGCUGGCGCCCGCUCAGCCACUAAUUCAACCAAGAAGGCGAAAACGAAAGCGAAACCCAAAACCAAAACGACCACCACCGCCAAAGCCAAAUCAGCUCCAACUAAGAAAACAAAACUUCGACCAAGGCCAAAAGCCGCCGCAAAAACGAGAGUAGCUACCGCAAACCAGAAGACUCAGAAAUACGUAGUUCAAACUCCGUCCCAGGCGCAAUCGCAAGGCAACACGAAGCUCAACCGACCUACCAAAAAGUUAAACUCCAUUUCUGCCGCGCGCACUACAAGUAGGACUCCAGCCGCCAUGAGACGGCUUCUCGAAGCCGAGAAGAAGUCUGUUGAACAUGAAAACACGAAGGAAGAAACCAGAAUAGAUAAGGCUAUAUCAAAAUUGCUACAUGAAAACUCCACCCCUUUCAUUUAA